CUCUUCUCCUGGCAUUCACAGCUUUUCUCAGCCGUAUCUUCUAUCAUCAUAAAUACAAGGAGACGUACUUCAGUUCGUGAACACUGAACAUAUAGAAGUCCUCUUCCAUUCAUCGAAGAGUUAUUUUGGAUCAACACAAUCAAAAUCGAAAGGAAUUUUCGGAAUUUCAUCUUUCUUUUCAAUAAAGGACCACACACACAACAAAUGUCCGUUAACGAUACCGGCAGUCACCCUCAUACUCCCGUACUCCUUCAAAACAUGUCAUCUUCAACUAUAACACUCCCUCCUCUUGCUCCUCCCAGCGCCAGGGCCAAUAGGUCGACGUUUGGAGCGGACACUAUGCCGGCUUUGAUGGAGAGUUUGAAAGAUAGGUUAUUAUUCGCUGUUCCUAAAAAAGGAAGGUUGUAUGAGAAAUGUUUAGAGUUGUUAGCUGGAGCCGAUAUAAAAUAUAAUCGUGCACAUCGAUUAGAUGUCGCUUUAGUUCAAAACCAUCCCAUUGCCAUCGUCUUCCUACCCGCUUCCGACAUUCCACGUUUCGUAGCCCUUGGUUCAGUGGCUCUAGGAAUAACAGGUCAAGAUGUUAUAGCCGAAUCUACUCAUUCAGGAAGUAUAACCGAACUCUUACCAUUAGGUUUUGGAAAAUGUUCAUUACAAGUUCAAGUCCCUAUUAAUGGUCCCGUUCAGACUGUGGAACAAUUGGCGGGUGGAAGAAUAGCAACGUCUUUCGAAGUUCUCGCUGGAGAGUUUUUCGGUAAAGUGGAUGAUGAUCAACAGUUGGAAGGUGGAGAAAGGACAAAGAUUGAAUAUGUUGGAGGUAGCGUAGAAGCCGCUUGUGCUUUAGGUAUGGCAGAUGGGAUUGUUGAUUUAGUCGAAUCGGGCGAUACGAUGAGAGCAGCAGGUCUUCAUCCCAUUCAUACACUUUUAACAUCCGAAGCGGUAUUAAUAACAUCCCGAUCCCCUCACCCUUCCCUAACUCCACAAUUAUCACCACUGAUACCAAUGGUGAAAUCUCGUUUCGCAGGUGUCAUAGCUGCAAAACGAUACGUUUACGCAUCUUAUAAUAUCUUGCGUACCAAAUUACCGGAUGCGUUACGUAUAACACCAGGUAGGAGAGCUGCGACUGUUAGUCCAUUGGAUGAAGAAGGUUGGGUGGCCGUUAGUGCUAUGGUGGAGAGAAAAGAGGUUGCAAGUGUUAUGGAUAGGUUAGAAGCUGUUGGUGCGGAAGAUGUUUUGAUCUUCGCUUUGGAUAAUUGUCGAGUGGGUGUGUGA